AUGAGUGACGAAGAAUCUAUAAAGACCACCACCUUGAAGGACACAGAAUGUGUUGCUCCUAAAGAGGCGUCAAAUACAAAUCCCACAUCAACGAUCAAUAGUCUGGAUUCUGGAGUCAGUGUUGUAAUCAAAAAUGAUAAUAUUGUGGAAGACCCAGCUGCUGCUAGUUAUCAAAAGAGUAUAUCGCAAGCUCAGGCAAACAAGAAGAAGGACUUGACAAGGCCAUUGUUUUCUAGAUCCAGUACCAACGAUAAGGCUGUCAAGAAUCCUGCCACAAAUAAAAGUAUGAUAGUGGAAACAGAAACAGUGGAUGCAUCAAAAGUUCCUUCAGUUACAUUACCUAUUGCUUCAACUUCAAAUGUUAUAAAUAAUGAGCUGAUGUCCAACAAUUCAAGUAUAUCUAAUAAUUUGGCCUCUUUAAGAAGCAAGAAAAGUACGCUCUUUAUUGAUCAAAAUAAUCAAACUACACAAAUAGCACCAAACACAUCGCAGAACUUGAAUGCCCAAGACGAUAACGACACAAUUAGUGUAAAUGGUUCUAUAAGAAAUAUCAGCAAAAGACUGAACCCAUCAGAAAGUCAUAUGAACAUAUCUAAACCAGGUGCUACAAAAGCUGAUCUGUUUGCUGCUAGAAUUGCUAAUGCUGUUGGUGAUGUUUCUGAUUCUGAUUCUGAAGAAACAUUUGUUUAUGAAAGUGCACCAGAUGCAAUGAAUACUUCAAAUACCCUACCUGCAAAUAAAAACUCAACUAUAGCAGGUGUGUUGAGCUCAAGUAACCCAAUGGCACUCAGGAAAUUAUCACAAAGAAAUAUUAGUAUGCCAGUUACUCCUUCCCAACCUUAUUCCCCUACAGCAUCACAUAUUAUGCUAACUAAUGAUGACUCAAAAGAAGCUAAUGAUAAGCAAUAUGAUACAGAAGAGGAUUUAGACUUGAGUAACAAGGACAACACAAUUACAAACUCUAACGCUGUUUCCGCUUGUUCUCCAACGGAUGAUGUAAAAGACACAGCUGAUGUUAUUGAAGAUAAUGGUGCAGUACAAAGUGAAAGCUCAAAUGAAGUUACUAAAGUGCCAAGUCCAAACAUUACUCAAAUAUCGAAACCACCAGAAAAUGUUGUUUCGAAGUCAUUUACCAAGUAUAAUGGGGGUAAUAACUCUAGAAAACCAAGUAGCGCUAGUCUGUUAUCUGACAAAAAACAAAAUCAACUCAGGACAACCACUUCCAAGUUAUUUGAAACAAAAGGAACAUCAUUAAGGAGAUACUCUGGUGUACCUGAUGAUAUCAAUAUUGAAGAUUAUAUUGAUCAGUACGACGAAGAACAAGAAAUAGAUGGUGCUGAUUACGCUGACACUUAUGAAUACGAUGAUUAUGAAGAUGAGGAUGAACUUACACCAUUGAAUGUACAUGUUGCUAAUGGGAAUUUGAGGUAUAAUGCCUCCAAAGGUUCAUAUAACAAGCGUAAAUUUCCAAAUUUCAAGUCAACCGAUCAAGGUGGAUUUUCGCAGGAAUUUGGAGAUUAUAAAGACGGAAGUCCACUGAGACAUACAAAUUCAAGGAUCUUGAGGAAUCCAAAAAAAAACAGGAAACCUCAAAAUCAAAGGCAUUAUUCCCCCCAUAACUUUUACAACUCUAAGAGAAGCUCGAAACUUCAGAUUCUGAAAAAUUUCUUUUAUUUUUUUGUGCUUGUGCUACUGUUGUUAGUGUUCGGUUUCAUAGCAGGAUUUUUGUUAGCCACAACUAAAGAUUUGCAAGAUGUUGAUAUUUUGUCAAUUGAUGAUGUUAUAGUAUCUUAUGACGAGUUGGUAUUUGACUUGCAGGUCCAAGCUUUCAAUCCGGGGUUUAUCACAGUUGAAGUUGUCGAUUUAGAGAUGGACGUUUUUGCCAAAUCAUCACAUUUGAACGAUGGUGAAUAUUAUAUCCCAAGUUACUUAGAUGAUUCAAAGUCUUUGCAAACAAUUUUGUUAGGAAGUGUAUCAAAGUUUGAAACACCUCUGGAGUUCCCUGGUGGAUUUUUCAAUAGAAAUCACACGAUUUCAAUAGCAGGGGUAAAAUUAAUUCACCCAGGUAAAAAUUCAACUGAUAAUAACAACGGUGAUUCAAAUCAUAAAAUAGAUAAUGAUUCAGACAAAUGGAGAACAAUUAUAGAUUACCCUUUUGAUUUGAUAGUGAGAGGAAGCUUACAAUAUACCCUUCCUUUUUUCCAUACUGAUAGAUCGGUAGCAGUAACCAAAACUGUUUCAAUAGAUGUUAAUGAGAAUAAAAAAAGUAAGAGCGGUGUUAUAUGA